AUGAGGCACCUAGGGGAAAAUCUGAGAACCACCUUUCACAAUGGAGCAGUCGUAUCUCAAUUUUAUAAAGCAGCAAGAGCGUACAAUAUUGAUGUCUUCAAUGAUCAUUUCAAUCAAAUAAGAGAUUUGGUUCCUGGGGCCGCCGAACAUCUUGAACGUGUUGGAUUCCACAGAUGGAGUAGGGCAUUCUGCCUCGGAAAAAGGUAUAAUUUUAUGAUGACAAACGCUGCUAAGUCGGUGAACUCAAUGUUAAAUGUUGAAAGAGAAUUUCCCAUUACUGCUCUAUUUGAUUCCAUAAAUAGGAGGUUUACUGAGAAAUUUCAUGAGAGGCGUAUGGAGUUCAUCGACUCACCAACCAUCUUUGUUCCCUCAAUGGAAAAACAAAUAUCAAAAUGUGUCAACUUGGGUAAUAAGUUAUUGGCCCAUCAAAUUGCCAACUACAAGUUCAGCAUCAUCGGCCACGGUUCAGUUGCAACAGUCGAUCUGCAAAGACGAUCAUGUACUUAUAGAGUUUUUGACCUGGACAAAAUACCUUGCCCAUAUGCUAUGGCAGCGCUUCAAGUCCAAUAUAGUGAAGACUUUGGAAGGUUAUGCAAUUGCUACAGCAGAUUAUGUAUUGCUGCAGCAGAUUAUGCAAUUGCUGCAGCAAAUCAUGAAAUUGCUGCAACAACUAGGAUAUGA